AUGAAGAUUACAAAAGUGCUACUAACAGUGGCUGUUCUAGUGACCCUCAAUUCACUCACACCAUGCACAUGUAAAAAUUUAUUGGUGCAAAAGGCGAAAGCAAAACUAGACGCAUUCGAUAAAAAUAUGAAGAGAAAAAAUUUCAAAAAGAAGAUGAUCAUCUCAUCAGCAAUAUUAGGGGUAGCAAUUUUGGCACAUAUACUAGCUGGAAUAGGAUACUAUAAUUAUAAGAAAAAGGAACACUGUCAUCAUGAGCACAAUGAAUCCUGUGAGGAAUGUAAAGUUGACGAAGCUGCAAAGAACGAUGCCGAGCUAAAUGAAGACAGUACAGAUAAACUAAAGGACAUUAUGUUCAAUAUGGAAAAUAAAGUCGAAAGGAGAAACUCAGACUUCGACAGGUAUCACAUUUCGAACAUGUCUGUACGAUGGUUUCAGAAACCUUUAUCAUAUAAUUGA